AUGAGCUCCACACUAAAGCCCCAACGAGCUUUUAUUGUUCUCCGGGAAUUUACAGCUGGAAGACACAAAGUGUUUGCUGGUUCCAUGGGUGUCUUACUGGACAAUGACCAUUCCCGUGGCCGUAUCUUAGAUCUACCAAACCGUCCAGAAGUGACAGUGAAAAGAAACCUGGUUCGCGUACUAGGGAAGAGAGACUCUGCUUUUCUGUAUGGUAUUGGCGUGCCCCAGCGACGGCUUAAUCUCCUCAACAAUGAGAAGCUGCUCCAAGCUAUAUGUGGCAUGCAGAUCAACGAUGUUGUCAGGAUACGUUUCCAGGGAUAUGCCUCAGUAGGGGUAGUUAAUGCCAUUUGGGAGCUUUCCGACAAAUCAAGACUAUCAGAUCUCACAAAACUUCUGACUGAAGUGGAACUGCUGGUGAGUACAAUUUAUUCAAAUAAUUUUUAGUGGGUAAUUUCUUCACAUGGACUUCUCAUAUGCCUACUCUAGAUUGUCCUUUUAAAUUUAAAGAGACCCUAAGAAUACAUGGAAAUGAUAAGUAUCCAUAAGACAAGCUUUUUUAACCCUUUGCCCAUUCUCCUUGCAUCUUUUACAAUAUUGUUUAAUGUAUUUGCAUAUUUUGGGGUCUCCCAACAUCUAAUAGGGAACUCCAGAUGUGCACCCCUUGCUCAAUGUGCCUGCAUUGUUAUGUGUUAUACCUCACCAACAAGGCCGAUAAGUGUCUGUCAUAUUAGAAUUCGAUUGUGGUAUUUUAAAUAACUCCCAUUAUUGGAAUGUAUGUUACUGGGACAGAAGGGAAUAGGAUCAGAUGGGGUAGGUGGGGGGGUGGGGGGGAGCAAUGUCACACAUGCCUAAAAAGAGGUAUGUACAUUUACUCAUCAGGCAUUCCUAGCUGACUGUCAGCCAACCUGCCCAUUCAUACCCAUUGAUGCUCACAUUUAG